UUAUUUUUAAAAAAAACUUGAAGGAUCUUUUCCAAUCAAUUUGCCUGAUUAAUUCCAAAAAGAAAGAAAAAGAAAAGAAAAGAAAAGAUAUCGAAUAUGCAAACAAAUACUCGUAAUGAAAUUAUGGAAAAAUUAUAUAAAUGUAAUGCUUAUAAUGAAUUAAAAACAAAUAAAGCACGUAUUGAAUAUUUAUUGACAAAUGUUAUUGAUUUUGAUCAAGCUAAAUCGGUUAUCAAAUCAACCAUCGAUAAUACACGACAAAAGAAUGGUAAAAAUUUAAUUAUGGCAAAAAAUUGUAAAAUUGAAGCCGAUUUUUAUCUACAACAAGUUUCAUUGGGUAAUUUGGAUGAUCGUUCCAAAAAUCUAAGUCGUGCAUUAAAAUAUUAUACACGUGCAAUAUUAUAUAUGCCAAUAUUGGAAGAUAUAAAAAUGGCUGCACGUCUUUUUGCACGUAAAUGUCAAGUACAUUUACAAUUGGAUGAAAAUGAAGCAGCACUUUAUUCAAUUCGUAUUGCAUUAGAUUUAUUUGAAAAAUAUGGUAAUAAUUCAAUACCAUCAUCAAUUAUUUUCAAUUAUUCAAUAUUGGAAGUAAAUUGUUUAAAAUUAUUAUCACGUUAUGUUGAAGCAAUGGAAUCGAUUGAUCGAAUGUUGAAUCGAAUGGUCGAAUCACCUGAAUCCAACAACAACAACAACGAUAAUGAUAAUUCGAAUACAGUAUCCACUGAAGAAUUAUUAAAAAUGAAAAAAAAUAUUCAACAAUUUGGUAAAAAUAAUAAUGACAUUAACAGUAAAAACCAAAAAAAUGAAAAUGAAGAUAAAAAUGAUGAUGAUAAUGGUGGUGGUAGUAAAAAUGAUAGUGAUUUUUUUAGCUAUCGUUUAGAUGAACGUGUUAUGAUACAACAAUCACCUGUUGUUGGACGUCAUUUUGUUGCACUUACGGAUAUACCUGAACGUCGAAUAAUAUUGGAAGAGAAACCAUAUUCAAUUGUAAUUGAACAAGAUUAUUUACAUAAAAAAUGUUCAAAUUGUUAUCAUGAAUUAUCAUAUAAAUUUUUUCCUUGUUUAUAUUGUACUGAAGUAGUAUUCUGUGAUCAUACAUGUUUUGAACAAUCAUAUCAACAAUAUCAUCGUCAUGAAUGUGGUAUAUUAUCAAUAUUAAAAGCAUUAACAUCAGCUUCUGUACAUGUAUUUCGUAUGAUGUCACGUUUAACACCAAUUAUUGCCUAUCAAACUGAAAAUAAUGAUGAACUAAAAGAUUAUUCUAUUGAUGAUUAUUUAAAAGAAAUUAAUCAACGUUUAGUACCGGAAAAAGAUAAAACAAUGGAUGAAAAAAUACGUGCAUAUAAAAUGUCAUCAAUAUUAUGGGAUCAUAAUUCAAAACAUUCAACAUGGGCAAAUGUACAUCAUAUUGUAUUCGGUGUUGAAACGGCAAUUAUAUUGGAUAUUGUACAUAAUAUGUCAUUGGAAAAGAAUAAAGAAUUUAUGUUUAAUUUUAUGGAUACAAUUAUUGUCGAUAUUCGACGUAUUAUAUUCAAUGUUUUUGGUUGGCAUGAAUAUUAUGAUGAUUGGACAUUACGUGGUCAUAUUGCUAAUUGUCAAUGUUUAGUUGGUUCAUUAGUUAAUCAUAGUUGUGUACCGAAUACAAAUUGGGAAUUUAAAAAUGGACAAAUUAUUUUUACAACAAAUCGUCCAAUAAAAAAAGAUGAAGAAAUUACUAUUACAUAUGGUCCGAAUAAAGAAAUGCAUUAUGAUCGACGACAAGAACGUUUAAAUCAUUAUUUUUUUGCAUGUCGUUGUCAAGCUUGUUUAACCGAUGCACGUAAUGGUUAUGCAUUAAGCUGUAUACAUUGUAAUGAUGGUCCUGUUCCAUUUGAAGUACCAUUAAAUAAUGAACCACAAUUGUCUGGACAAUGUAUACUUUGUUUUAAAAAAUAUCCAGAUUUUCAAUCAAAUAUUGAUGAAUAUAAAAAAUGUUUAGAUCAUUUAAGACAAAUUAGUCAAAUUAUACCAUUACAUCAGGAUCUAAUAUUAUUGGAUAAAGCAAAAGAAAUGGCUAGAAAAUUGGCAAAUCUUUCCAUAAUACCGAAUCCAAUUGUUAGCCGUGCAUUAUUAUUAUUUACAAAUAUUGUUAAAAUUUGUGAUAAAUUAUUGGAUUAUGGUGAAAAAUUACAACUUUGUUUAUUGGUUGAUUCAUUUUUACCUGGGACAUUUGAUGAUUCGGCUAUCAAUCAAAAUGAUGAUGAUAAAUUGCUGGAAAAUCUUAAUUAUUGGUUUGAAUCAUUGGCUGAUUAUAUUCGUUUUUCGGAAAGACAACCACAAAAUAGUUCAUCAUUACCAAAUAGUGUUGAAUGUAAAGCAUGGAUUUGUUUGAAUAAUUUUAAAAAUCGUUUAGAUUCUAUAUUGAAUGGUUGUAAAAAUAUGGAAAAAAAUUUCAAUAUAACUAAUGGUACUGGUACUGGUACUGGAACUGGUGGAAAAACAAUAAUCAAUACGAUUAUUGAUAGUAUUUUUGAUAAAUUAAAUGAACAAUUUAAAUGUUUAAAAAUCGCCGCACAUAACGAUGAUAAUGACAACGAUAAUGAUGAUGAUUUUCAAAACAAUAAUGUUGAAAUGUGUAUGGUGUGA